ACGAAGUGAAACGUCAAAACAGAAAAAAGCAAAAUGCUGCCGAAACGAAAGUAAAAUUUUUACUGGCGAUACAUUUAUCCAAUUACAACUCGUAAAAUACUGUGUUUUUGCAUUCAAAUUGACAUCAUUAUUCGCGUUCUAUACGGUGUCUACCAAGUGCUACAGGAAAACUGCCUACCAUAACCGUUUAAUCGUAGAGAAAUUUGAUUGAUCGAACGGCUACCGAAACAACACUCAGGCAAAAUGGCGAUGUCAAAGACGACCAACACGUACAAUCGCCAAAAUUGGGAAGAUUCCGAAUUUCCCGUUCUGUGCCAGACGUGUCUCGGUGAUAAUCCUUACGUUCGAAUGAUCAAAGAGCGAUACGGAAAGGAGUGUAAAAUUUGCACCCGACCGUUCACAAUCUUCCGGUGGUGUCCGGGAGCGAGAAUGCGCUUCAAGAAAACCGAAAUCUGCCAGACGUGCAGCAAGCUGAAAAACGUUUGCCAGACUUGUUUGCUGGAUUUGGAGUACGGUCUUCCGACGCAGGUGCGCGAUGCUGCACUUAAAAUCCAGGACAAGAUACCGGAAAGCGAUGUGAACAAAGAGUACUACAUUCAGACGAUUGAAGCUCAACUAAAGGCGGGUGGUGACAACACGGUAGCGGCAGGGACGGUGGGCAAAUCUCUCGCCGCCAGCGACAUGUUGGCCAAGUUGGCCCGAACGGCACCGUACUAUAAGCGAAAUUUGCCCCAUAUUUGCUCUUUCUGGGUGAAGGGUGAAUGCAAACGAGGUGAAGAAUGCCCUUACAGACACGACAAGCCUGUCGAACCGGAUGACCCGCUGUCGGAGCAGAAUAUCAGAGAUCGUUACUACGGACGCAAUGAUCCAGUUGCGGACAAACUGAUGAAACGAGCAGCGUCGAUUCCAACACUAGAACCACCAGAAGAUAAGACGAUUACAACAUUGUACGUCGGUAAUCUCGGGGAACACCUCACCGAGGUGGACAUUCGAGACAACUUCUACCACUACGGAGAAAUCCGAUCCGUUUCGUUGGUACCCCGUCAGCAGUGUGCUUUCGUGCAGUAUACAAAGCGUGCCGCUGCGGAACUAGCCGCUGAAAAGACUUUCAACAAAUUGGUUCUCGGUGGUAAAAAGCUCACCAUCAAGUGGGCCCACUCGCAGGCAAAAUCGACGGCGUACGCGCAAAGUUCGGUUCCGCGGACCAAUCGAUUAUUCGAUCCGGUUCCGGGUCUACCUGGUCAACUACCGAUGCCUCCCAACCCGAACGACUACUUCAACCUGCAGGCAUCGGAAAUGGCCGUCCUGCCGGCGGGCAUGAAGAUCCACCAACUGCCACCGGGGCUGAUUCCCGGUGCACCGAGUAUGUACCAACCGCAGCCAUCCAGCUCGGGAACGACUGGACCGGCGGCGGCUGCAGCUGCCGUGGCCGCUGCUCAUUCUCAGCAGCAGGUUAUGGUUCCGUCUACGCUUCCCAACCCAGGACAGAUGCAUUACCCCAGUCAAGAUCCGGCGCGGCUGGGUGCACUCAAAAAGUGAGGCGUGACAGGCAAAACGUAAUGUGAGCGAUCGUGAGAAUAUGAGUAGUAUGUGAAUAUUGCGGAAUACAUUACCAAUAAACAUAAAAUAG